CCGAAUAAAACCCUUCCUCGUGACUAGUCGAUCCAGUUCUCUCAGUCGACAAACAAGCCAUACUCCGUCGGACGCCGUCCACCGUUGUCAGCCAGCGUGGUUGUUCUCGGGCAAGCAUUGAAGAGGGUUCGAACCUUAGGUGACAAGGUAAUUGUAGUUGUUUCCUCAACCAUGGAGGAGACUGCUAACCUCUCAAGUAAUGGUUAUGGCAAGAAAGAUGAAGCACCUCAGCUCUCGGCAUUAUUGAAAGAAAUGAAAGAAGGACUUGAUGCUAUAAGAAGUAAAAUCCAAUCUUUAACUGUCAAGGUCAAACAAAAUGAAUACCCUACUGCAGUCGGAUUUAGCUAUCUUGAAGCAAAAAAUUUGCUGCUUCUGAACUAUUGUCAGUCCCUCGUGUAUUAUUUGCUCCAAAAGGCUAAAGGAUUCUCAAUAGAAGGACAUCCUGUUGUGCGAAGUAUUGUGGAGAUAAGGUUAUUUUUGGAAAAGAUUCGGCCAAUUGACAAAAAACAACAAUACCAAAUCCAAAAAUUAACAAAGGCUAGUGAGAAUGUGAAGGGAAAUGUUAUUUCAACCGACGAGCCAGUUGAACCCAAUAAGAGUGAGGAUAUAUCAAAGUACCGUCCAAACCCAGACAUGCUUGUUAGCAAGUUAGAUGCCACAUCUCAGGAUGGUGAUGCAGUGUAUCGUCCUGUAAAAAUUGCACCUACUUCUAUGGAGCUAGAAAAAACAUCAAAGCAUGAAAGAAAUGCAUUGAGAAGAGAAAAAGAGAUUCUGAGGCAAGCUAAGCAGAGUGAUUAUAUCAAGUCAUUGGUGAAUGAUAUGGAGGAUCGGCCUGAAGAGGUCAGAGAUUUUGUGGGAACUAGCAGAGAAGUUGAAAAACAUGUUGCCAAGAUGGAGGAGCGUGCUCGGCAAGAGGAGGAGCUUUUCACUCGUGUUCCACUUACCAAGAUGGAGAGGAAGAGAAAUAAAUACUUGAAGAAAUCAACAAAUGGGUUGCAAGGUCUGACAGAAAGUUUCUUUGACGAAAUCAAAACAUUACCCUUUGGAGAUAAAAGUGGAGAGCAAGUGAUGGGCUCUAGUAAUGAUGGAAUCAGGAAAGGGAAACUGAAAAAGCGAAAGAGGAGGCAUUGAAGCUGGUUUUCAGUACCUUAAUGAGCGGAUGGCAUUGUUACGUGGAACACACCUGUUUUGCAGGAAGUAAUAGGGAUGCUGGGACGGACGGUCUUGACGAGUUUUUGCUCAAUUUUGGUUGACCAUUUUGGAUACUUUUUGAUUACCAAACGCAAGUUUUUGAACUGUCUUAGUGUGCGUUUGGUUUUCAGUUUGCCAAAAGUUCAUUUGGUGAAAGUUCAUUUGGAGAAAGUCAGUUUAAUGAAAGUCAGUUGUUGUAACGAAAUUUGUGUUUGGAUAUAUUUUUUCAAAAGUCAGUUUGAUACAUUGAAAGUUGUUUGGUUUGUGAUA